UUCUUUUGACUUCCUCUUACUUCUGGCUUCAUCAAGGCAUGCCUUGAAUUCCAAGUUCUCAAUUUACAAAUCCAUCCUUGCAUUCUCUUUAUCCUUUCCUUUCAACCUAAAAAAUGUUUAAUCAUUGUAAAUUUGAAGUCAACUACACAAUUCUUCUUUGUUAUUCAUUGUUGUUCGUUGCUAACGUAAUAAGAAAUCUGAAGCAACUAGAUCGAUAGCAAUUAUGACAAGCAAAAGCAUCUGGAAAAUAGGUCAAUGCAAAAUAAAUGCACUCUAGUAUAUCAUUUUCAGAAGAGUCCAUGUGUUAAAAGGUUCCUUUUGGAUUGCUGCUUUUAAUUCAAAUUGCUUUUCUUGUUCUCAUUUUAUGGUUGCAACCAACAAAUUAUGAGAAGUGUAAGUACUAACAACCAAUUCAAUGUUGCUACUCUUUACCAAUUAGAAUGAAAAGUAUCACUAACUAUUUUUGAUAAGAGUAUCCAUCAUAUUUUAAUUGCAAACUAAAGUAGAGGCAAUUGACGAAUGCUCAAUUUCUCAAUGGCAAGACGAGAAAUUUUACCCUGCACAUUGCAAGCCCUUCUUGUGGCUAUGGCCUUGGCCUCUUUGUAUGGAAUAAUAUGUGUAAGGUGUGAAAAUGAGUACAUAUCAGCAGUUGGAGAUCCGGGGAUGAGACAGGAUGGACUGAGAUUGGCAAUAGAAGCAUGGAAUCAGUGCAAUGAGGUAGGAGAAGAAACUCCAAAUAUGGGUAGUCCAAGAGCUGCAGAUUGCUUUGACAUAUAUAAAGCUUCUCCUCAACAAGGGGAAAACAGGUGUUCGCUUUGCAAUUCAAUGCCAUACAUGCUUGUCCAAAGAGUUACAGAAGAAGAAAAUCGGCUUGGAGUAGGUCAACCUUUUCUUGGAGGACAACAAGAGGCAUUUGACAAUGUAGACCUUUAUGCUGCAGAAAAAGAACUCUAUCUGGGAAAUAAAUGUCAAGUUGAAGAUACACCAAACCCUUGGCAGUUUUGGAUGAUCAUGCUUAAGAAUGGUAAUAUGGACACUUACGCAGCAAAAUGCCCGAAUAAUGGCCUUAAAGUUGGCCCUUAUGGUCCUGAUAGUCGGUUCCCGUGUUUUGGGAAAGGUUGCAUGAAUCAACCAUUGAUUUAUCACAACUAUACUACGUUACAAGGGCCUGAUCGAGCUACGCUUAAGGGAGCAUUUUACGGGUCGUGGAAUUUGGACGUUGGGUUGAAUGAAAAUAUUUCGUAUUAUUCAGUAACAUGGGAGAAGGAACUUGGAAAAGGAAGCUGGAUUUUUCACCAUGUUUUGAGGACUUCUGUGGAGUAUCCAUGGUUGAUGCUUUACUUAAGAGCAGAUGCCACAACUGGAUUUUCUGGUGGUUACCAUUAUUCCACUAGGGGAAUGUUGAAAAUUAUUCCAGAGUCGCCAAAUUUCAAAGUGAAAUUUACAUUAAAUGUGAUAAGAGGUGGUGGUUCUGGCAGCCAAUUUUACUUGUUGGACAUAGGGAGCUGCUGGAAAAACAAUGGCCAACCAUGUGAUGGUGAUGUUACUUCAGACGUAACUCGAUAUAGUGAAAUGAUACUAAAUCCAGACACACCAUCUUGGUGCAAUCCAAACGAUGCAAAAUUGUGUCCCCCAUACCACACGUUUCCUAAUGGGAGUCGAGUUCAUCGAAAUGACAUUGCUCAUUUCCCAUACAAGGCGUAUCACAUGCACUGUUUACCGGGUAACGCAGAAUUCGCCGAGAGUCCUCAUGUCUUGUGCGAUCCGUAUAGUAAUCCUCAACCUCAGGAGAUAUUGCAAAUUUUGCCGCACCCUGUAUGGGGUGAUUAUGGAUACCCGACGAGGAAAGGGGAAGGGUGGAUAGGUGAUCCGAGAACAUGGGAGCUCGACGUUGGGCGGCUAUCUCAAUCCCUUUAUUUCUACCAGGAUCCAGGGACACCUCCAGCUAGGAGGAAAUGGACAUCUGUAGAUUUGGGGACUGAAAUUUAUAAAGACCCCAAUCAAGUGGCAGAAUGGACCGUUAGUGAUUUUAACAUUCUUGUCCUCAAAAAAUAUUAGAACAAUGAUAAAAAUUAAGGAUUUAACCCUAGUAUAUUUACGAAAUGUCUAUAAUUUUUGUAGCUUCGUGCUUCUAAGUUUUGUAGUACGAAGAAUUUUAAAGAUCGUACAAGUAUUAAAUGUUGCACCGAAAAACGUGCAUUUGACAAAUAUGUAAUGCGAUCUCAAGCAAAUUUUAAUUGAUUCCAAAGAGAUUUUGCUA